GCCCCAGACACAAAUCUGGGGCAGGGAUCUGGCGUUUGCCCAAACCUCCUCCUCCUCCUCCAUCCCUCCGACCCGGUGACGGGUCAGGCGCUGCCACUGCCACGACACCAAAUCCCUUCUCUCGCUUCAGUCCAAGGUGGGUGAAGAAAGGGAACAGAAAAAAACCUUUCCCCACCAAAAAAAAACCCUCUCACUCAUCAGUCACCCCGGCCUCUCAUUUCACCAGGCCGUUCCCAUGCACACAGCGGGGAUCUGCAAGAGGAAAACCGAGACCCCCCCUCAUUUCCCUGCUUUUAAAGGGAUAAACAGCCCCGAGCGUCCAGGCGUUGCGAGGAACUUCGCCACGGCCGCCGGUUCCCGGCUGGAUCAGCUGCCAGCGCAGAGCGCGGGCGCUGCCAAGAGCGGCCCCUCGCACAUUCCCAGCCCGGCCAUGGAGCUGACGAGCUCAAGUAUUUACUGAAUAGAUCAAUAAGGGCCGGGAACGCGACGUGCACGGCUUGGGAAAGAGCCGCUGGCAGGGGAGCUGGACACGCGGAAUGGGGGAGCUGGAUGCGCGGAUGGGGGGAGGCUGGACGGGCAGACACACGGACAGAUGGACGGACAGCCCGGUCCGUCGCCGGGUGACUGUUCCCAAGAUGUCCCUCUGGAAUGUCGUGUCCCACAUGCCUCAGGAGGAGUUCAGCAGCCUCUCCACGGAGUUCCCCCGGAGCCUGCGCUGCCUCCUGGCCGACUGGCUGGAGAACCAGCCCUGGGAGUUCCUCAAUGGCUCGGACGCCUUCUGCACCAGCAUGGCCAGCAGGUUGUUCUCGGCCCUGCUGGAGAAGCUCCGCAGCGCUGCCGGGCCUGAGGGGCAGCAGUGCCAGGUCCUCCAGCAAGUCAACAGCCUCGAGGUGUGCGGGGACCUGUGGCCAUGCCGAGCUU